AUAGCAGAAAAAAAAAAGAAAUCAUUAGGAUAUAGAAGCAAGAUUUAUACAUAGUACCCAUUGUUCUCUCUUCGACAGGUAUUAAACCAUAGAAAAUCGGUUACAAUAAGAUAUUUUUCAGGUCAUGUUACUUCUCAUUUGGAUUGUGGUGCUGACCGCGGCGUUGGUGUUAUAUUUCAAGAGAAAAUAUUCCGUCUUCACGAAAUAUGGCGUGAAGAACCUCACUCCAGUCCCACUGUUGGGCAACGGAUUGAGUAUCAUGUUAGGCCGAGAACAUGUAGUCGACAAUCUGAAUCGGAUAUACCAAAUGUAUUCUGAAGAAAGAUUCUUCGGUCAAUAUGAGUUCAUGAACCCUGUGGUGGUCAUCAGAGAUAUAGAACUAAUAAAGCAGAUCACGAUUAAAGAUUUUGAGCACUUUUUGGAUCACAAAACAAUGGUAGAUGGCACUAUAGAUCCGUUGUUUGGGAGAAAUCUGUUUUCGAUGAAGGGGGAAGAAUGGAAAGAUAUGCGAUCGACUCUCAGUCCGGCAUUUACCAGCUCCAAAAUGAAACUAAUGCUUCCAUUUAUCGUGGAAGUAGGCGACAGAAUGAUUGAAUCAUUAAAGAGACAAAUCAAAAAAUCAGAUGAUAAACAGCUAGAUAUCGAAGCUAAGGAUUUGACGACUAGAUAUGCUAAUGACGUCAUUGCUACCUGCGCUUUUGGACUUAAAGUAGACUCCAUCGCCGAAGAGAACAAUGAAUUCUUCAGAAUGGGGAAAAUUCUCACAAAUUUUGGCUUAAUUUUUUUCCUUAAGUUUUUCUUAUUCACUUAUUUUCCAUCACUUUCCAAGAUGCUGAACGUAAAAAUGUUUUCUGAGGAAACGGCAGUUUUUUUCAAGAGCCUCUUUCUAAAUACGAUAGUUGACCGAAAGAAAAAUAAUAUUAUACGACCAGAUAUGAUACAUUUACUGAUGCAAGCACAAAAAGGAAACUUAGUGCACGAAGAAAAAACUAAAGAUAUAGAUGCAGGAUUUGCUACUGUAGAUGAGUCAGCUAUCGGAACAAAGACAGUGAACAGGGAAUGGUCGGAUGUAGACUUGAUUGCUCAAGCAGUUCUGUUCUUCCUUGCUGGUUUCGAAACUGUAUCUACUGCGAUGACCUUCGCGAUAUAUCAGAUGGCUGUCAGUCCUGACAUUCAGGAGAGAUUAGUGAAGGAAAUUAAGGAGAACGAGGCCCAAAACGGGGGAAAGUUUGAUUUCAUCUCUAUACAGAAUAUGGUUUACAUGGACAUGGUGGUGUCAGAGGUAUUGCGAUUGUGGUCUCCAGCCGUUGCUUUAGAUCGCAUAUGCACAAAAGAUUAUAACUUGGGAAAAGCAAACGAUAAAGCGCCAAAAGAUUAUAUCAUAAGAAAAGGUGACGUUGUUCAAAUCCCUAAUUGGGCCAUCCAUCGUGAUCCAAAAUACUUCCCGAACCCCAUGAAGUUCGAUCCUGAACGCUUUUCAGAUGAAAAUAAACACUCAAUUGUACCGUUCUCCUACAUGCCCUUUGGUUUGGGCCCCAGAAACUGCAUUGGUUCAAGGUUUGCCCUAUGCGAAGUGAAAGUGAUGCUUUAUCAGUUGCUACUUCAUUUUGAGAUACAGCCUUGCGAGAGGACCUGUAUCCCUCCUGAAUUUGUCCCGGGGAAAUUCAAUCUUGGCCUUAAAGGGGGCAAUUGGGUCCGUCUGAAGAUUAGAUAACUUAAAUAUCUAAUCAUACUCAUUAUUUAAGCUUAUAAGCAGUAUUAAUGAUAGAUAAUACUUGAGAUAGUUAUAAAUAUGUAGUUAAAAAUAUAAUAUCAACUAUUUUUAGUUUUUUAUCUUCGAUAAGAUAUAAAUAUUUUUCCAUAUUUUACAUUAGCAUCUUUUAAUUGUUAUUUAUUUGUGUUUAAGUGCAUCAGAUUUGGUAUCUUGUUAUUAUACCUAGGAAAACCUUAUUGGAAGACGUUACUUAUUACCAACUGCAUGUGUUG